CGGGCGAGCCAGGUUGGUUGGUUUUCUUGCGGUGAGUGCGCCAUACGGAAUCAGUCAACAUUGGAGCUUGGCGUUGUGUGUACGCGAGAAGAAAGAAAUCUAAACGCGACGGCGGUGGCGUUUUCGAUUCGAUUUUUGCGUUAACGACGGUGGCUGUUUGUUGGGUGUGAAUGGCGCGUGUGGAAUGGUGGUAAUCGAAUAAUAAACCGCCAAGUAACAAUAAGUUAAAUAGUGAAAAAAAACACACAAAAUCAACAAUAUCUAGCGGCAAGUGAAAAGUAGAAAGUGUUGUGAACAGUGAAUUUGAGUUAGAAAUAGCAAAAGUAGCAGCGAAAAGUUUUUUAGUGAAAAAUCAAAAAAAAAGAGUUUCGUACAUCAAAAAGCUCUUCAAACAAAUCGGUAUUUCCGUGAAAAAAUGUUAUCACUUCAAAGCUGAUAUACCGUUAGCCUACCACGCUCGCCGCGCUCAUUUCAAUCAGCCGGCAUUUAAUCCAAUUGCUAAUAAGUUCUGCUGCUCUAAAACUACAACGCACUGCACCUCAAUAUGCUCGUCCCGUCGGAUAUGAUUGCGGCGCAGUCCAAGAUGGUCUAUCAGAUGAAUAAAUAUUGUGCCGAUCGCGUACAAGUGCGUAAAGCACAAAUCCACAAGCAAAUACUCGAGGUGUGUCGCAUCGUGCAAGACGUCCUGAAGGAAGUCGAGGUGCAGGAGCCGCGCUUCAUCUCCUCACUAAACGAUUACAAUGGCCGCUUUGAGGGUCUCGAAGUGAUUUCGCCCAACGAAUUUGAAAUCGUGAUCUAUCUCAAUCAGAUGGGUGUAUUGAACUUUGUCGACGAUGGCACACUGCCCGGCUGCGCCGUACUCAAACUAAGCGACGGCCGCAAGCGCUCCAUGUCCCUUUGGGUGGAAUUCAUUACCGCGUCCGGUUAUUUAUCGGCGCGCAAGAUACGCUCCCGCUUUCAAACGUUGGUGGCGCAAGCUUGUGAUAAGUGCGCCUAUCGCGAUAUUGUCAAAAUGAUCGCCGACACAACGGAGGUGAAGUUGCGUAUACGCGAACGUAUCAUUGUGCAGAUUACGCCCGCCUUCAAGUGCGCCGGCCUGUGGCCACGUUCGGCAGCACACUGGCCGCUGCCCGGCAUACCAUGGCCGCAUCCAAAUAUUGUUGCAGAGGUUAAGACUGAAGGAUUCGAUAUGCUGUCAAAGGAGUGUAUUGCGUUGCAGGGCAAAAAUUCCGCCAUGGAAGGCGAUGCGUGGGUGUUGAGCUUCACCGACGCCGAGAAUCGUUUGUUGCAAGGUGCCAGUCGACGACGUUGCUUAAGUAUUCUAAAGACCCUUCGCGAUCGUCAUUUGGACUUGCCCGGCAACCCAGUGACAUCGUAUCACCUUAAGACAUUAUUAUUGUACGAGUGUGAGAAACAUCCGCGUGAAAUGGAAUGGGAAGAGAAUUGUAUUGCUGAUCGUAUUAACGGCAUAUUCUUGCAAUUGAUUUCCUGCUUGCAAUGCCGUCGGUGUCCACAUUAUUUCCUGCCGAAUAUGGACCUCUUCAAGGGCAAAUCGCCAGGGGCGCUGGAAAAUGCGGCGAAGCAAGUGUGGCGUUUAACGCGAAUUAUGCUCACCAAUGCGCGUUGUUUGGAAGAAUUAUAAGAUUUUCCUGAUUUAAUUUAUUUAAUUUACAUUUAAGCGAAGCAAGUUACAUAUAAAUAUUUAGGUACUUUUAAUUUAGCUUGUAUUAAUGAAUAUGCUAAAGUGGCUGAUUGAAAUGGAAAACAGCAUAAAAACUAGAUAAGUUUCUAUUUUAGUUGUUACGUAAUUAAAGCAUGAAAAUUCUGGAAAAUAAAUUCAAUUCUUAAGUUUUAUAUUUAUGUGUUUGUAUAAACUGUUAGGGUACCUACCAGUGAAUAUUUAGUUCUUUUAGUAUAUAUAUUCUUUUUUUCAUUGUUUUUAAGUGCAACGAAGAAAGUGCCUCCGUGGCACGACGAAAACAACGCAAAUGCAUUUAGCGCUUAAAGUAAGAGUAGCUUAUGUAUUAAAUAUUUAAAUCAAAAAUUAAUUAUCCUUCUUGUGAGGUGCUUACUAUUACUACAUGUAUACGGUUACAAGAGUUACAUACGCUCUUUAUAGGUAAUCCUGUUUAUUUAUUAAGUGUACUUUAUAAUGUUUUAUUAUCUAUAUAAAAUUUGACGGCCUUUCUGCUAUUUUGCACUUUACUUUGUUAACAUUCACUUUAUUGUAGGUACUAUUCUUUGUAGUAUAACUAUUUAAACAUAAUUAUUAUGGUGGUCCUUAAGUAUCCAAAAUCAUGGGGCAGUCCCUUUAUUUUGUUCUACGUUCAAAAUAAACAUCCAUAGAGAAUUAAAAAAUAAAAAAUUAAG